CGGGACUUUCGGGUCUGAACUGCGGUCCCGGCCGGUGCUGCGCGCUCUCUCCAGUCUGCUCCUUCGCCGCCCGCGCUUGCUCGGGGGUGCGUUUCAGGGGUUCUGAGAAAGCAAGGUCUACAAGUUUUAUAGAUUGGAAAACUUAAAACUGCAUCAGCGCUGCAAAGGGAAAAAACAGCGGGAGUCUCGCGGCCGAGCCGAGCCCAGCACCGCAGCCUCCCCGGGCCGAGACGCGCGGGGACCUCCGUGCCACUCCAACCGCCUGGCCUCUCGCCCCAGUCAUGGAAGGGGUAGAGGAGGCAGAAGCCGACUGCUCCGUAGCGUUCGCCGAGGCUCAGAGAUGGGUAGAGGCAGUAACAGAGAAGAAUUUUGAAACAGAGGAUUUUCGAGCUUCUCUAGAAAAUGGCAUCCUGUUGUGUGAUUUGAUUAAUAAGCUUAAACCUGGCAUCAUUAAGAAGAUCAAUCGACUGUCCACACCAAUAGCAGGGUUGGAUAAUGUAAACGUUUUUUUGAAAGCUUGUGAACAGAUUGGAUUGAAAGAAGCCCAGCUUUUCCAUCCUGGGGACCUACAGGAUAUAUCGAAUCGAGUCACUGUUAAGCAAGAAGAGACUGAUAGAAGAGUGAAAAAUGUUUUGAUAACAUUGUACUGGCUGGGAAGAAAAGCACAAAGUAACCCUUACUAUAAUGGUCCCUAUCUUAAUUUGAAAGCAUUUGAGAAUUUUUUAGGACAAACUCUGACUAAGGCACUUGAAGAUGCUGGCUGCUUAAACAGAGGUGGCCAGGACAGUGGUUACAGUACACUCUGGUGUCCUGGCCGGGGAGAAUUUCCUGUUCCUCCAGGCAGCCAUAAGAGGGAAGAUUCCUUUGAAAGCUUGGAUUCCUUGGGGUCUAGGUCACUGACCAGCUACUGCUCCGAUAUCACAUUGAGAGGAGGACUCGAAGGUUGUGAAAGUGACACAGAUUUGGAAUUUACUUUGAAAAUGCAGGAUUAUAACAAAGAUGAUAUGUCCUAUAGAAGAACUUCAGUCAUCGAACCAAAGUCUGCUUUACCAUUCAAUCGUUUUUUACCCAACAAAAAUAGACAGCCCGCCUAUAUGCCAGCACCCUUGAGGAAGAAGAAGCCAGAUAAAAAUGAGAAUAACCGAAGAAGCUGGGCAAGCCCAAUCUAUACGGAUACAGAUGGGACAUUUUCAAGUAACCAAAGGAGGACUUGGGGCACCAUGAUACAGAACUGGUCAACAGUUCAAGGAAGUCCAAACUCUUCUUGUUAUUUGGAAGAGGAAGAAGAAAAGCCAGCAGGCAUACCCAACAUUGUAAAGGAUGAUCUUUAUGUGCGAAAGCUAAGCCCAAUUAUACCAAACCCAGGGAGUUCUUUUGAUCAGUUUCUUCCCAAAUGCUGGACUCCAGAAGAUGUGAACUGGAAAAGAAUAAAAAGAGAAACUUAUAAGCCAUGGUAUAAAGAAUUUCAGGGAUUCAGAAGGAAUUCAGACUCUGAGGAUGAGGACUCAGGCUCUGACAGAAGCUCCACCCUUUUUAAUAGACUGCAGAAAACAGAGAGUAGGAUAGACAGCAACUGCCAAAGACCUUCACCCUUGCUGGAACUAGCUGCCAAACGGGCCAUCAGGUCACAGGACACUCACGCAUCCAGGAGAAUUGGUGGUGCCUCAGAUGAGCCCAGUCAAUUUUUAUUACUUCAGGCGCUCCAAACAUACUCGGAUGACAUCUUGUCUUCUGAAACAAAUAUCAAAAUUGACCCUACUUCUGGCCCAAGGCUCAUAACAUGCAGAAAAAAUCUCUCUCAUGCACCAAGCAAUAGAACAGAUGACCUUGAGAUGCCAACUCUAGAUCCUGAUUUAGAAAAUGAUGAUUUCUUUGUCAGAAAAACUGGGGCUUUCCAUGCAAAUCCAUGUGUUCUUCGAGCUUUUGAAGACUUUAGAAGAUUCUCUGAGCAAGAAGAUCCUGUAGAGCGAGAUAUAAUUUUGCAAUGUAGAGAAGGUGAACUUGUUCUACCAGAUUUAGAAAAAGAUGAUAUGAUCGUCCGCCGAAUUCCAGCACAGAAAAAAGAAGUGCCUCUCUCUGGGGCGCCAGAUAGAUACCAGCCAGUCCCUUUCCCUGAUCCCUGGACUCUGCCUCCAGAAAUCCAAGCCAAAUUUCUCUGUGUACUUGAAAGAACGUGCCCAUCCAAAGAAAAAAGUAAUAGCUGUAGAAUAUUAGUUCCCUCCUAUCAGCGGAAGAAAGAUGACAUGCUGACUCGUAAGAUCCAGUCUUGGAAACUAGGUACUACUGUGCCUCCCAUUACCUUUACUCCUGGCCCCUGCAGUGAGGCUGAUUUACGGAAGUGGGAGGCCAUCCGCGAGGCCAGCCGGCUUCGGCAUAAGAAGAGACUAAUGGUUGAGAGACUCUUUCAAAAGAUUUAUGGUGAGAAUGGGAGUAAGUCCGUGAGUGAUGUCAGCCCAGAAGAUGUUCAGCACUUGCGUCAACUGCGUUAUGAGGAGAUGCAGAAAAUAAAAACCCAGUUAAAAGAACAAGAUCAGAAAUGGCAAGAUGAUCUUGCAAAAUGGAAAGAUCGCCGGAGAAGUUACACUUCAGACCUGCAGAAGAGAAAAGAAGAGAGGGAAGAAAAUGAAAAGCAGGCACUCGAGAAGUCUGAGAGACGCUCCAAGACAUUUAAGGAAAUGCUGCAGGACAGGGAAUCCCGAGACCCAAUGCCUACCAUUACAUCUAGGAGGAGAGUGUACUCUUCUGAUGAUAUAUUGAAUGAUGGAGAGCUACCUGCUACCCUGACUCUGUCAGAAGCCACUUACCAGAGUGAGAGAGUGGAAGAGAAGGGAACAGUUUACCCCGCUGAAAUUCCUAAAGAGUCUACAAUCCUUAGAAAAAGACAGGACAAUGUAGCAGCUGAAAUUCAGCUUCCUCCUAAAAGCCUCACAGAAGAACAACAGCCAGCCUCUUUGUCGUCUCAGCAUUCACUGAGUGCACGAACGGAGCCGACUCAAAUUUCAGCUUCUCUCCCCAGAAGUUACCAGAAAACUGAUACAGCCAGGUUAACAUCUGUGGUCACACCGAGACCUUUUGGCACUCAGUCAAGGGGAAUCUCACCACUCCCCAGAAGCUAUACGAUGGAUGCUGGUUGGAAAUAUAACGGAGAUGGUGAAGGUGUGACGGCAAGUGAGAACAGUUCAGAUGGCCCCUCUGCCCUAAAGCCCGACACCAGCCAGCUUGUUUCCAGCUUGUCCAGCGAGAGAGAGGCAAUUGCAGGAGAAGGUGCAGUGAGGUUGCCCUCUCCUACACCCUCCUUCUCAUCUCUCUCCCAAGACCUGGCUGCUGCUCCUAACAACACGCUGUCCUUGACAUCUGGCCUGAGUUUAAUGUCUGAACCUGAGGAAGGCAGAAGCUCAUCACAGAGAGAGAUCUCAAGUCCCCAGGAUCAGUUCAGCGAUAUGAGAAUCAGCAUAAACCAGACGCCUGGGAACAGUCUUGACUUUGGGUUUACAAUAAAAUGGGAUUAUUCCGGGAUCUUCGUAGCAUCAGUUGAAGCAGGUGGCACAGCAGAAUUUUCUCAGCUACAGGUAGAUGAUGAAAUUAUUGCUGUUAACAACAAGAAGUUUUCAUACAAGGAAACAAAAGAGUGGGAGGAAACUAUGGCUAGUGCUCGAGAAAGUGGAAACCUAGUGCUGGAUGUCAGGCGUUAUGGGAAGGCUGACUGGGGCAAAGACCAGCCUUUCCUACCAUUUAUACGGCAUAAAACCCUCAAUCUCACCAGUGUGGCUACCAAAAUUAUAGGUUCACCUGAAACAAAGUGGAUUGAUACAACUUCUGGAAUUUAUAAUUCAGACAAGUCUUCAAAUCUGUCAGUGACAACUGAUUUCUCCGAAAGUCUUCAGAAUCCUUAUACUGAAUCUAAAGAAAUCAAUGGAAUUCAUGAUGAAAGCAACGAUUUUGAAUCAAAAGCAUCUGAACCCAUUUCUUUGAAAAACUUAAAAAGGCGAUCACAAUUUUUUGAACAAGGAAGCUCUGAUUCUGUGGUUCCUGAUCUUCCAGUUCCAACCCUCAGCACCCCGAGCCGCUGGGCAUGGGAUCAAGAGGAGGAGCGCAGACGGCAGGAGAGGUGGCAGAAGGAGCAAGACCGCCUGCUGCAGGAAAAGUACCAGCGUGAGCAGGAGAAACUGAGAGAAGAGUGGCAAAGGGCUAAGCAGGAGGCCGAGAGAGAGAAUUCCAAGUACUUGGAUGAGGAACUGAUGGUCCUAAACUCAAAUAGCAUCUCUCUGACCUCACGGCAGCCUGCUGUUGCCUCUUGGGAAGCCACAUGGAGUGAAGGGUCCAAGUCUUCCGACAGGGAAGGGACUCAAGCGGGCGAGGAAGAGAAAAGGAAGCAGGAUUCAGGGGCUCUUGAUGGGGACCAAAGCCCAGAGCUACAGGAGCAGCUCAUUCUUGAGAAGGAACAGAAACUGAGGGAGCCGCAGUCCUUGAAAGAGCAGGAGGAGAGGCGGUGUGAGGCUGAGGCUGAAGCACAGAAGCUCCGGGCUGAAGAGCCGAAGUGCCACACAGAGAUAGAGAGAGAAACUUCAGUCAAAAUAUACCAGUACAGGAGGCCUGUUGAUUCCUAUGAUAUACCAAAGAGAGAGGAAGAAGGAUCUUCAGGUUUGCUUCCUAAUGACAGGAAUAAAUCCAGAUCUACUACUGAACUGGAUGAUUACCCCACAAAUAAAAAUGAAAGCAACAGAUACUUAGACCGAAUAGAGAACACGACCUUUUCACAUAGGAUCUCCAAAAAAGAUCAAGGUCCCUCAGGAGCAGAGCUAGAGAGACAGCAAAUCCUUCAGGAGAUGAGGAAGAGAACAUCUCUUCACACUGACAGCAGCUGGAUCCGGCAGCGCAGUUCCAGUGUGAAUAAAGAGCCUAUCUCUCUGCCUGGAAUUAUGAGAAGAGGAGAGUCUCUAGAUAACCUGGACUCCCCGCGCUCCUGUUCUUGGAGACAAUCCCCUUGGCUCAAUCAGUCUUCGGGAGUCUACGCUUCUUCCUCCGUUCAAGACUUUAGUCGCUCAUCUCCUCAGUUCCUGUCCACAUCAAACCGGGCCUACAUGCGGAACCCGUCCUCCAGUGUGGCUCCUCCUUCUGGGUCAGUGAAGACGGCUGCCCCUUCUGGCACGGCCACUACCCGCUCUGCCACCCUGCCCAGCCAUUCCAUUUCUACUUCACAGUCCAGCUCUCAGCUCCGCAGCAGGUCAGUCAGUGGGAAGCGCGUGUGCUCCUACUGUAAUAACAUUCUGGGCAAAGGAGCUGCCAUGAUCAUCGAGUCCCUGGGUCUUUGUUAUCAUUUACAAUGUUUUAAGUGUGUGUCCUGUGAGUGUGACCUCGGAGGCUCUUCCGCAGGAGCCGAAGUCAGAAUCAGAAACCACCAACUGUACUGCAACAACUGCUAUCUCAGAUUCAAAUCUGGACGGCCAACCGCCAUGUGAUGUAAGGCUCCAUGAGAAAGCACUGUUGCAGAUAAAAGAAGAGGUGGUUGCUGCUGAUAUAGAUCUAUAAAUAUAUGUUGUAUGUCUUUUUUGCUCUGUUUUUUUUUAGAGAAUAACUUUUGAGGGGCUUCAUUAGACUAUCUGGGAACAUUGUAGUCUUGGUAGAGUCUGUGUUUUGUUGUUUAUUUAUAAGAAAGAAAUUAUGUGUGGGGAAAAGUGCAGUAUUCAUUUACUGAAUUUAGCAUCUGAAAAGCACAAGAGAAAAAGAAUUUAAAAAUAUUUUUGAGGUGGAUAAUGAUCUAAUUUGACUAUUUAGUGGUGUUUUGAGAAGGGCAUUUUAUUUUACUUUUUUAAAGUUCUUAAACAUUAUUUGGAAUAGUUAAUAUAAGCAUCUAUCUGUUUAUUGUAAUGUAUACUAAGUUAACACAGAAGCAUAUGAAAGUUUUCAUUUAAAUCCACCUCUAAAUUUGCUUUCUGAAUCCUUUCCAUCUAUGUAAUAUGUUGAAAAAAAUUAGCUUAUGUAACAUUUAUUUGCUUGAUGAUGGGAGCUUUGUUUUCUUCAUCAGAACUGUUGCUAAGUAAUUCUCAGUAGAAAUUGCUUGUUUUCAUUAAUGGAAAAUAACCAUGGUUUAUAUAUCAGAAGUUUUCUCCAGAAACUGAUGAGCUUUUCUGUUCAGCUACAUUUGUAAAUAAACUUGCUGCUGCAUUUAAA